UCCGGCAGUGACGUCACAGCUCAUGGCGGCUGUGUGAGGCUCCUGGAGGCGGGGAGAGGAAGUCCUUAUUUCGGAGUUCCCACGCGGUGAAGAUGGUCGUCCUCACGCUAAAAAACUUGCAGCAGCAGACAUUCUCCGUGGAAAUUGAAUUGUCGGCCACGGUUAAAGCCUUGAAGGAGAAGGUUGAGAAGGAGAAGGGAUCAGACUAUCCAGCUGUAGGUCAGAAGUUAAUUUAUGCAGGUAAAAUCCUCCAAGAUGACUCGACACUUGAUUCCUACAACAUUGAUGAUAAGAAGUUCCUGGUCAUUAUGGUGACGAAGCCUAAGCCAGCACCACCUCCUUCUGGGCCUUCCGACCCCAUGGAAACAGUGGAGACGGGGAAACUACCACAGAGUGAUCCAACAGCUACAACUGAUGCCUCCUCUACUUCAACUUCUUCCACCACUGCCACCAUUACCACUACUACCACCUCAGCAUCAUCGCAACCUGCGGAAACUCCGUCAACUCAAUCUGGACCAACCACGCAGCCUUCCUCGGGAGGGUCUGUUGGGGGUGCAGAGUCCUUGAUAGUGGUGGGCGAGGAAUUCAACCGCAUGGUAGAAAAUAUAAUGGAAAUGGGUUAUGAGAGGCCUCAGGUAGAGCGGGCUUUGAGAGCGAGUUUCAACAAUCCAUACACGGCAGUGCAGUACUUGGUGGAUGGCAUUCCACCCAAUCUAGAGGAACCAGCUGGCCAGCCUGCAGGGGCUGGUGGUGAUGGUGGUGGUGGUGGUGGUGGUGGUGGUGGCGGCGGUAUUGUGGUUGAGGAACCCCCUGCGGGGUAUUGGAAUGAGGGAGAUAUUGAAGCAGACCCGCUCAGCUUCUUCCGGUCUCAGCCGCAGUUUGAACAGAUGAGACAGAUGAUAAGGUCAAAUCCAUCUUUGCUGGAUGCAUUCAUCCAGCAGAUUGGACAAACUAACCCACAACUUCUACAGACAAUUCAACAGAAUCAGGAAGCCUUUGUUCGGAUGCUAAACGAAGGUGGUCCUGGAUCAGGAAGUGGUAACACUGGAGGAAGUGGUGGAAAUACUGGAGCUCAGGGUAGUGGAGGUGGUGGAGGUGGUGGUGGUGGUGGUAGUGGUGGACGUGCUGCACCUGGCCAGACUGCAAUCUUCCUCUCCCCCCAAGAUAGGGAUGCCAUUGACAGGCUUAAGGCUCUUGGCAACUUCCCAGAAGAUGUGGUCGUUCAGGCUUACUUUGCCUGUGAAAAGAAUGAAAAUUUGGCAGCUGAGUUUCUCUUUAGCCAGACCUGGGACUAAGCCCAGCUGGUAGGGGUGUCUGGCCACAUCCUGUCAGGGCCAGGAGGGAGAGUGACUCUGCCGUGUGUUGCGGCCAAUCUUUUGGACAACUCACUUGACUGUUCAGUGGCUUGUUAUUUCCAAAUUCUCACAGGAAAGUCAGCAAGUGCAUUCACCAUUACAUUACAUAAGUUACAUCCAUAAAAUAAUGUGCAUUUGACAUACUACUGCUGUAGUUAUUUCCAUAAUGGCGACGAGACAGUCUGUGGUUGACACACACACACACACACACACACACACACACACACACACACACACACACACACACACACACACACACACACACACACACACACACACACACACACACACACACACACACACUUACAGGAGUAUGUGUUUUAGUGUAGGCCAGGCAACCUGCACUGUUGUUAUGUGGUUGUUUGCUUCCCACACCCAGCCAGACCUCCACCAUUCCUCUCUGUAAAUAAUACAAAUAAGAAUGCACGCCCAGCCUCCCCUCUUUCAGCUUCAUGCUGGAUGGGGUUAAGACUAGUGCAUUGUUGCCCCUUGGCUGCUUGCCUUGUGAUGGCACACAGAGACGGUUGGAAUUGUUGUGUCUAGCAAGAAUAUUCAGGUAUUCCAUCCAAAACAUUGAUUUCAAAAUUAGUUAUUUAUUUUCUCUGGUUUCUUAUCUUUAUAAACUGAAAUGUCUUACACUGAUAAUUUUCCAAAUGCUUUAGGUUGACAUUUAACUGUUUUAUAGUCAUAUUCCAGCUAAGUCAACUCUGAGUGAACAUGGAGUCUGCUUGUGCUGGCCAGAAGUCCUCACUUUGGGUGCAGCUUGCAAACUAUCAAAGAAAAUUCUAGCAUCUUGCUUCUCUGUGAGAAAAUGAUAUGUAGAUUUUAUUGCUCAAUUUCAUAUUUUUAAACUAUAGAUUGGUAUAUUAUAUAUGUAAAAAUUGAAAGGUCAAGAAGCAACGUGUUGUGGAUAAUGACGUACUGCUCUUAGUUUGAGAAGCUCAUAAUUUUUUGGCUCCUUGUGCAAACUGGUGAAACAUCUCUGAAUGUCAUUAGAGUUGCUUCAUCAGUUUUGCUGUACACAAGUGAAAUCAUGGUAUUUUGUUUGUUGUUUAGUUAGAGCUAAUUUUCUCCCUCAUGACUUUGAAGCAUGGAAUGUUGGUUGAGGCAUGCAGUGCAGCGCUACUCUCAACACCCCAGUAAGGCUGACCAUACAAAGAAAUAAUGAGUUGCUAGCAAGCACUUGCAGAGCACUGAGCAACCAGGCUAAAUUAUUGUGGGUUAAGUCACUGUUGAUUAAAGAUGAUUAUGCAUACAUAUAUAUAUAUAUACGUAUAUAUAUAUCUAUAUAUAUUAUUUUCCUGUUGUGCAGGAAACCUAGUGCCCAAGCUGCCCCCAGUCCCUACCUUGAGCCCACCUCAUUGGUCAUGGGUAUGCUUAACUUUAUUAAUUAACAGCAGGUGCACAUCACCACUACCAGUACUAACCACUUCCAACACCACAGUGUCAUCUGGUUGCUCACAACUGCCUGUGCUGCCACACAUCAAAGUGAUCACAUCUAGAUAGAAUAAGUUGCCACUGCUCUCCCUAGGCCUUACUUCUAUAGGGAGACAUUUUGUAAAAAAAAAAAAAAAAAAGAAAGAAAAGAAAGUAUUUGUUGAUAUUUCUUGUGAAGAGGAAUAUGACCAGCAGGUUCAACCAUUGUUUUUAUUUAACCCUGGGAUGGUGCAGGAGGAAAAGACAAUUAUGCAUUAAAGGCUGGUGCCAAAGUUCAGCCUUGCUUUGUAGCCUGUCAUUGUCAGCUUCAUGUAGUUAACAUUUGUGUCAGAGAUUUUGGGUUAUGGGGUGCUGAGGCGAUUGCCUGCUGCCCUGACCCGUGCUGGCUGCUAAGAGCAGGUUUCAGUUCUUGAUUUGCUAGAGAGCUUUACAUUGUCUUCCUUUUCUUGUAUAAAUUCACAGGUCUGCAAGUUUUUAAUUUUCAAACUUCUUCAUUGCUGCUGUUGCCAAUACUAUCAUUAUUCUUAGAAUUUUAUUUUUUUGCCUUGGUUUUUUGUUUGCUCUUCUGUCCUGUAUUCACAUCUCAUAAAUAUAUUUAGAGA